UGCAAUUCAAAUAACACGUAAUACCACAGCACAUUGCAUAAUAUCCAGCCAGCAAAUGUCUGUUUCCCCCUGUAAACUGUGAAAGCCCCUCCUGGUGCAACAGCGGAUCUGACCUUCACAUUAAUACAGAUUAACCGCACGCAGACUGCAUUAGAUGGCACAGGACCGUCUUUAAGGGUUCCGGUGGCAGUGCUGGGGAUUUGAACUUUUGAACUGCUUCUAGAAGUGUGCAUGGCUGCAUGUUGAGGUGCGCAACAUGCACGCGGAUGUCUCAUUUCUUCUGUGCGCGUGCUUUCUCUCCACCGGAGCGCUUCAGACCUGCAGCCAAGCCAGAUCCAAACGAGAAACCACCAGAAAAGAGAGAGAAGCUCGUAAACCUGGCAGCACCUUACUGAUGAGAAGUCCAGACGUUACAAAAGCUCCCUUCACAAAAUCAGAACAACUUCUCAAGUUAGAUGACCAUGACUUCACCAUGAGGCCUGGCUUCGGAGGUGCCGCGAUACCUGUGGGUGUUGAUGUUCAGCUUGAGAGCCUGGACACCAUCUCUGAAGUUGAUAUGGACUUCACCAUAACCCUGUACCUGAGACAUUACUGGAAGGACGAGCGACUGUCCUUUCCCAGCAACACCAACCAGAGCAUGACCUUCGAUAGCCGGCUGGUGAAGAAAAUUUGGGUACCCGACACAUUUUUUGUCCAUUCCAAACGAUCCUUCAUCCACGACACCACCACGGAGAACGUCAUGCUCCGAGUGCAACCCGACGGCAAAGUGCUCUACAGCCUGAGGGUCACGGUCACAGCGAUGUGCAAUAUGGAUCUCAGUCACUUUCCGCUGGACACCCAGACAUGUUCGCUGGAGAUCGAGAGCUAUGCUUACACUGAUGACGACCUCAUGCUGUACUGGAAGAGAGGAAACAAAUCUCUGCAGACGGAUGAGAAGAUCUCUCUUUCCCAGUUCCUCAUUCAGGAGUUUCACACCACCACAAAACUAGCUUUCUACAGCAGCACAGGUUGGUACAACCGUCUGUACAUCAACUUCACUCUGCGUCGCCAUAUCUUCUUCUUCCUGCUUCAGACGUACUUUCCCGCCACUCUGAUGGUCAUGCUGUCAUGGGUGUCCUUCUGGAUCGACCGACGAGCCGUUCCUGCCAGGGUUCCUCUCGGCAUUACGACGGUGCUCACCAUGUCCACCAUCAUCACUGGGGUGAACGCCUCCAUGCCCAGAGUGUCCUACAUCAAAGCCGUGGACAUUUACCUGUGGGUCAGCUUCGUCUUCGUCUUCCUCUCGGUGAUCGAGUACGCCGCUGUCAAUUACCUAUCCACGCUGCAGGAGCGCAAAAUACAAAGCAGCAGGCAUUUGCCGUGUUCAUGUGGAAUGACCCAUCCUGGUCAGAUGAUGAUGAGCAGCAGCUACAGUGACAUGGACAUGAUGACCACGGGAAACUACGGCAUGUCGGAGGUGAACAUGGACAAACAGGAGCAGUUCCUGGUUCAACUGGUCCUGAAUAAUGAGCAGGGAACUCAAAGACCUGAUGUCACCUCAAAAAGCAGUUUAUUAAUAGACACCCAUGCCAUAGACAAAUACUCGCGGGUCAUCUUCCCCGGAGCGUACUCGCUCUUCAACAUCAUAUACUGGUCCAUCUACCUGCAGUGACGGCUGCUGCUAUACCAGUCUCGGGAAUGCAAAUUAUCAAUCAAAAAAGUGUGAUCUUUUUAAUUAUGUUGCAACAUGUAAUACAUUUUUGCCUAUAUGUGGGCAGUUGCCAUUACCUGUCUUUAGAAGAAAAAAGUUAUUUUCUU